CACAGUCGGCGUAUAAUAAAAAUAAAAAGCAAUCAUCGAGCAAGAGGGUGAUAGCGAAGAAGAGUCUGCAGUGCAACGUGAGGCCGUCAAGGACGACCUUGAUGACUCGCAAGUUCACGACGCCGCGAAAGACACAACUCGACGCGAUGCUUCACGCCGUACUUCGCUGAUUGUCAAGUGGCUGAGUAGGAUGGCAAACUUUCACCGUACUCGCGAAUAGACAGGUGUUUGACAUCGCCACGAGCGAAUACAUACCUUGUGGAAAAACGCGCGCGCGCGCGCACACUUACUUCGAAGUAAUCGGCGAUAGAAAAGUAAUAAAAAAUUGCAAAGAUGACGAUGUUGCAACAAUUUGCGGACUUGUUGAGCCUGAUAACGAUAGGCAUGUGUUUCGUAUUGAAAGUUCCGCAGAUAUUAAAAUUGGUUUCCGUGAAAUCAGCUGAUGAAAUGUCUACGCUAGGAUUAUUCUUGGAAUUGACUAGUUACACCGUAAUGACUAGUUACAACUAUACGAAUGGAUAUUCGGUGCUAUCAUAUCUGGAGUAUCCGAUAAUAUUAACGCAAGAAUAUAUAUUGAUAUUUCUGGUACUGAAAUAUUUGAACAGGAUCAACAUUUGGUCCUUUUUAUGCGCCGUUAUAUACUUUGCGCUGAGCGCUUCUUUGCUGUUGGAAAUUGUUCCGAAAAUUGUACUUACACUUCUAGCGCCCAUGUGUACUCCGAUCUCCGCUUCCAGCAAAGUCGUUCAAUUAUUGGCUAUACUUCGCGCUAAAAAUGCAGAGUCGGUGUCGCCCCUCACCUGGUUCAUAUCUGCUUUCACGAACUUGACGAGGGUUUUCACGAUAUGGAUGGACUCGGCCGACGUCCUGUUGUUGGGUAACUUUAUCAUUUCGGUAUUGUUGAGCUCCAGCAUCAUGUUUUCCGCCCUUUACUACAGAAGUCAUCCGUUGAAACGAGAUUAAAUGAAUGGAAAGUUUACAAUUAAUCUAGUCGCAAUCAUUAUCCCGUGCCAAAUUGACAAUUCACGGUGUGUAUAUUUUUUGAGAAUAAUGACGAUAUAUAUAUAUAUAUAUAUAUA